AUGAAAGUUAUUCUGCAAUUAGUUUUAACUGUAAUACCGAGCUUUAUCCGGACCGAAGCCAUCGUUGGCGACGAUGGUUCAUCGAAGAGAGUCGAAGCGGCUAGCAGCAGAAGGCAUCGCUUGUCCAGUUACGAGCGGGAUUUAGUGAUAGACGCAAUAGAAGCUGCAGACUACCCGGCCGAGAUCCACGUGGUCACAACCAAGGAUGGCUACAUUCUCAAAUUGCAUCGCAUUCCGGAUCCGGCUCUUCAAAAGGACGCAGACUAUUCGGCAGAACAAUUGGCCCCGUCUUCGUCGAACAACCAGCUGGACGGUUUCCGAGGUGUGGUUCUGCUAAUGCAUGGACUAUUUUCGACGGCGGCUGAUUUCGUUGUCACUGGUCCGGAAAGUGGUCUUGCCUUUGUGCUGGCCGACGCCGGGUACGACGUGUGGAUGGGCAAUGCACGUGGCACGCGCUUUUCACGAAAGAACCUAAACCUCAGCCCGAAGGAUGCUGCUUUCUGGGACUUCAGUUGGCACGAGAUCGGCACCGGAGACCUGCCCGCCAUCAUCGACUACAUUUUGCUGCAAACGAACCAGCGGAAGUUGUCCUUUGUCGGCCACAACCAAGGCGUAACGGCCCUGCUGGCGCUGCUUUCGGAGAAACCUAAAUACAAUCGCAAAAUUACCAUCGCUACCGGAAUGGCCCCGAUUGCCUAUCUCGGCAACGGAAACAAUCCAAUCGUGAAGAGUCUGGCCAAAUUCAACGAUCAACUUUGGGUGACGCUCAGCUCGUUGAAUAUAUUCGAGCUUACGCCGACGGAGAAUGUUCUCCAAUUCAUCGGAAACAUCAUCUGUUCUGGAGAUGCACCGACCCGGCAAGUCUGCACCGAUUUGCUCGCAGAAAUGUUCGGCUACUCAUCAGAACAGGCCAAACUGUUGCUGCCCGGAUUGCUGGACAAUGCCCUGAGCGGGAUUUCCACGAAACAGCUAGUACACUACGGACAAUUGAUUCAAUCAAGAAGAUUUCAACAGUUUGAUUACAAGAAUUUUUUGACCAACAUGCAGCGCUACAAACAGGCCAAACCAUCGGAGUACAGUUUUGCCAAGGUGACCGUUCCGUUCACUUUGUUCUACGGUAGCAAAGACUUUUUGACUUCAUCGGCGGACUUUCAAAAACUAAUUAAAAACCUGCCGAACGUUAAAUCACAAAUUGAGCUACCCGGGUGGAGCCACAUGGAUUUCAUAUACAACGCACAGGUGUACCUGAAAGUGUAUGGCAAAAUAAUUGAUGCAAUGCGGAACGUAACCACAUGA